GCCACUCGCGAACAACUAACCGCUCGGCUCAUUUGCAGCCCUAAUCACUGGUUUUAUCUGUUUUAAAUUUUUUUGUUUGUUUUCCUCCAAUAUCUCACCCUCGCCCCUCGGCCAUCCCAAAGUCUUCUCUUUGUAUUAUAGUUCCUAAAGAUUCUGCACUUUACCUUCUGUUCUCGCGGCCGGCUGGAGUUUUGAUCACUGACGGGGAAGAAAAAAAAAAGAAGAAAGAAAGAGGAUGGAAGCUUGUUUGACGAAAUGCUCCAACGGGAUUCCACUGUUGAGAUCUCAGAACCUCAGGCUCUCGAAUUUUGUUCGUAGAUCUUCUUCCAUGCCCAUCCAUUCCGUCGCCGUCUUUCGUCGCCGUUGUUAUGGUUUUUCUUCUUCCUUCUCCCCAGUUCCAGGAGGAGCAAAUUCUGGAGAGAAGGUGUACGAUGCAUUAUUACUGGACGCCGGCGGAACCCUUUUGCAAUUGGCCAAACCCGUGGAAGAAAUUUACGCUUCCAUCGGCACGAAAUACGGCUUGACUGCAACUCCAGCUGAAGUAAAACAGGGUUUUAGGAGAGCUUUUGCUGCUCCGUGGCCUGAAAAGCUUCGAUACCAGGGAGAUGGGAGGCCUUUCUGGAAGCUGGUUGUUUCUGAAGCCACUGGCUCAGAUAACCAGGAUUACUUCGAAGAAGUCUACGAGUACUAUGCAAAUGGAGAUGCCUGGAGGCUACCAGUUGGGGCUUACGACACCAUUUCUCUCCUGAAAGAUGUUGGAGUUAAGGUAGCUGUUGUUUCCAAUUUCGACACUCGGUUAAGGAAGCUGCUGAAGGACUUGAACAUUUCUCAUCUGUUCGACACUGUGAUUGUAUCUUCAGAGGUGGGAUACGAGAAGCCAGAUCCAAAGAUCUUCCACGCUGCUCUAGAUCAAGUGAAUGUGGCGGCUGGCAGAGCCGUACACGUUGGAGAUGAUUUUAAGGCAGACAAGGAAGGAGCCAAUGCCAUUGGGAUAGACUGCUGGCUGUGGGGAACUGACGUCAAGACCUUUGCCGAUAUACAAAACCGCUUCUUACAUAGCACAUGACAGGAUGAUACUUAAAAGAGUAGGAGGGAAAUACUUUCACAUUCCGAGUAAGAGGCAAGACGGAUUCUCUCGUUAAGCAACGACUGCAGUUCUAACUUGUAACCAGUGGAAGUAGUGAAAGUGCACAAGCUUUUCUUGUUGUUCGAAUGAGGUGAAGUGCAGACCCCAGUUCUUAACAGUGGGCAGAUGGAACCCAAAGAAGAAUCUCGCACUCUUGAUAAUAAGAUCAUUGUCUUAAUACCAAUGAAGCAAAACUCAUGCAUCAAAAGUGGCCCACGUAACACGCUCUUUGAGGCCAAUUUGGAUAAUAAACAACCUUCAACACAGAAUAAUGUGAUUAGCCUUCUGGAAAAAGAAACGUCCCCCAACAAGCAAGAGGGAAACAUUACAAAAAAUGUUUGGAAGCUUCUACCAACUAUUCCUAGCUCGCCUCGUCGAUUAAAACCGAGUUUGGAAGGAACAUGAUACUAUCCCCUCAUCUGGAAACAUCAUUCUGCCAACACAUUACACAUCCCAAAUCCACCAUUGUUACGUUCUGGACAAUCUAAUCUAUAGCCUAAUAAAGCAUGGACUGUCUAUGCAAACACGAAAGGCAGCACGCUUAACAGACAAGAAAAGGAACAGAAGCAAAAUAAAUCUGUUCAUUACGGGGAGAAAGAAACCAUCACAUAACUCCGCAAGAGAACUAACACAAUUUUUCCACUUACCAACAACAGGGGAGUGUACAUCUUUGCAGAUUCUCAAUGUUAAAAUCCACAACCAUAAAGAAACAAGGAAAACCUGCAACCUGCUUGUUUCCACCACAUUUUUUCCCCGCCAUCGAAAAUUAUGCAAGAUACCGGUAAAGUUUUCGGUCCACGUUAUCCCUUUCCAAGAAAUCCCGCUCAAUAAGCGACUCGAUCCGCUUCUUGAUCUCAGUCGGAUUGGGGAGGAACCGUUGUUGUAAUUGCUUUGUGACCUCACUGAUUAGGUUGUUGUGAUCCAAUACCCUCCUUGACUUCAUGAUCCUAACUAUUGCAGCUUCAAUUUGCGGUUUCCUGUCCUCUUCCACUCGCUGCCGUGUCUCUUGCUUCUCAGGCUCGGAUUCCUUCUGUGCAACCACCGUUCCUAUCUUCACCUUAUAAAACUUGCUUGAGAACUUGUCAUUCACAAAGAAGGCAUCUUCUUCACCAAUCUCUUUGCUCAUGGGCUCUUUCCUAAGCACGUUUUUGCCCUUCACACAAGCCAUGGACUGCAAGCACCUCUUCAAUUCAGGGGCUGGAAUCUCAGUCGCCUGCUCAAUCUCCUUGUAACUAAGCCGCUCAGCAUUGUUGAAGAGCAUUAGAACGCACAUUUGAUACGUCGAAACAUUCAGCUCAUGCUUCUGACCUUUCCCAAAACUCGCCUUCAUAUCUGCAUUCCCCAUGUUCGUUUGCCACGACAAUCUUCUACCCGUAUGAGUCCCUAGGUAAUACGACCUGAACUUCUCACAUAGUGCCGACAUUUCAGAAGGCAAGUUGCAGGUGGCGCUAGGCUGAGUUGGCCAAGACCCAGUUGUCAAAACCUGAACUACGAGUGUGGGCCCUUCUCCUAGCUCGGGAUGACUUGCAUAAAAUCCCUGCAUUGUGUCCUGCGAAGUCUUCAUGUCUGUGAACAUACCUUCUAAUUUUGAAGUAAACUGGUACCCGCAUUCAGUCUUGAGUUUAACAAUUAGACUUCUCUCUGCAUCGUCUGAUACGGUUUUACCCGACAAAAGUCUUUUAGCUAAGUGUUGUUUGUAAUACUUUUCGAACACAUCUUUCUCCUGCAAAUACCUAAACAACAUCAUCACCUUGUCUAGAAUGAUCUCCACAUCUUCUUCACUAACUCCCUUUAGCCCCUUCCGCAGCUUGUCAUCAACAAACAGCGAGAUGAAUUCAGGGGAACGAGCAUUCAAAUUAAUGAAGUAUUCGAACGAAUUUGUUAAAGCAUUCUGGAAUGUCUUGUCAUUGAUAAAGGCUUUGUUUAUGAUGCUGUCAUACUUAUCCUUCUCAUCCAAGAGCCGCUGCACAAACUCCACUGGAUCCUUUAACCUUUCGGGAUCAGUAACGAGUUGCUUGCCAGUUUCUCUAAGAUGAGAAGUCAUUACUUCUCGGAUUGUAAGAAGACCAUUAGGUACUCGGCGGCAUAAGUUAUACAUUCUUCCCAAGUCAUCAUAUUUAUCAUCGAGAAGCAUGUUGACCAAGCCUGAAUUAUCCAUAUGGACAAGUCUCAGCAUGUGAUUCGCAAUCAUUUCCUUCUCCACCACAUUGGUGAUUUUGAUCUCACUCUUAGCAUCCAAGUAGUGUGUCACCCUCUCUAUCUCUUCAUUCAAACGUUUCUCAGCUUUCUUCAGAUACUCACCACAAUCACAGCAUUCAAUGAACUUCUGAGAUUCAACUUUGUAAAACUCGGCAGAAACUUCAAGAAAAUGCUUCUCAAAAUCUUCCUGGUAAACUGCAGAACCUAAAUCCAUCAGCAUCUUAAUUAUGUUUCUCAUCAGACCACGGUCUAUUACUUCGCCAGUUCGUUCUCUGUGGACCAAGUCCAGAAGAGUGUUCAAUAGCCUGGUCUGGAUUUUGCUGGAGCGAACAAUAUUAUCUCUCCAUAAGUUGAGGCCUAGCUCAUGAACAGGGGUUUUAUGAUUACUAGGGAUAUAAGUUCUGUCCAUGUACAUCAAUAUGUCUCUGAUCAUCUGCAGCGCUUUGUUGUGGUCAUUCCACUUCCUGUUCAGCUCCUCCAAAAAGGAUUCUCCCUGGGCAGCCUCAAUAGCUUUAGAUAUCUCCUUUAGAUGUGAGGUCAUAGUGGAAACCAGGCCAGAAUACAACUUCUCACCAAAUUUGUGGAGAACCAUGUUGUAAGCAUUCCUGUAGAGCUCUUCGAAGCUGAGGCCACUGGCGUUGUGGUUGUAAAUCUCGUGGAUAGCAUGCUCCAGAACCUUCCAGGUCUUAUCUGCGUAUUUCGGAUCCACCACGACCCGGUGCUUGAACGCCUCUAUCUGGAAGUUCCUCUUCUUCUGGUUACUCAUCUCUCUCGGAUCCCAAUUCUUCAAACUCCUCGCCCGCAAAACCAACACCGAUCUCCAACUUCAACCCCGAGGAAAAUUGUCAAAUAGCCAUUGAAUCAGAAGGAAAACGGAGCAACGCCAGCGCUCAAAACAAGAGAAUCUCAGCAAUCAAAUAACUGUCCGACUCCGGUCAAAUAUGUUCUGGAACGGAGAGAUGGGAGGGAAAACGAAGAGGCGUGGAUGAUCGGAGGAAAAUUGUACGGUGGCUACGACGGAAGCGGAGAGGGAGAGGGAAAAGAAUUAGGGUUUGGGAAUAGGAGGCGUGGGAGGGGAAGAAGAGGGAUACUAUUUGGAGGGAAAUCUAGAAAACCAGAAUGACGGGAAAUAACCGGGAAUUAGGCGUCGGUUUAGGGAGGUAAAAAGAGAGAGGGAGCGGCGAGAGGCGGCGGAGCUGAGGCAGAAGGGCAGGGGGCC